AAAUUAUUAACAAUUAGCAGAUUAAUAAUUUGUAUAAGAAUUUUCCCAGUUUCAUUGAGAAUACACAUCAACGAAGAGAACUGCUUGGCUCAACGUCCAUCUGGGUCGUUUAGACCUAUGUUCGAGGCGACUUUGAAUGUAUGGUCAAGAGUGAUCCACUCAUCGGCCAUUUGCUGAGCCAUGCAAUUGGUAAAGUAUUGUUCAUGGUCAGCAAAGUAAAUGAGGAAACACGAUGUCAUCAAACACGAUGUGAGUGCCAGUAUUGUUCCACAAUAUUGUUUUCAAUUUCACUAAAUGUGAGACCGCAUGUCACCCCGUUGACAAUAAAUUUAAACAGUUGCCUUGUGACACCAGUCUUGUGAAAAAGCACAAAAGGUAUCAAGUCAUGGCUUGGUAUCAUAUCCAAAAUAAGUGGAUGGAAUCCAGCAAAGACGUGCUCCUUUGUUUGUUGGCACACAUAUACUUGACUGACAAGUAUUARCUGCUCCUCGGUGUUAUAAAUUGUUCUCUUCAAAUAUUUCUUUUCGAAAAACAACUGGCAGAAAAUUCCUCUCUUGCACUUUGGGCAUCUCACAUCCAGCAAGAGAUCAGGAAAUUGUAACGUGGGAUUCCACAGCAACAGCGAUGGACGCAAAAACUGACUUGGUUCGGGCUUUACCUGACCAAAGACAGGCAAUACAUCUUCUUGAGCUACUCGUGAUGUGUGUUUUCCGCCAUGUUUACGAAUAGCGGCCUCAACUAGUGAAUCCACUGACUCUCUAGGAAAUUCACACUCGCCAUCUUCAGAGCUAGAUUCAGCUUCAACUGGAUCAUAUCGAGAAGCAUUGCGAGAAACAAACGCUUGUGCCAUUGUAAGCUCAAGCCAUAACAGUGUGAAUAUAGUAAACAAGACUGCCAUGUACGAAUUUAUAUCUGCGAUAUUCAAAACGCGUGCAUUGAAACACCGCUAGCCUGGGUACUCGCUGGCUUCUAGGACUAAUGGUAGUGCUCCAACUCUACUUCCGGUCAGUUACCGGAAGAUGUUGCUGAAAAUGUUUAUAUGUAGACUGAACAAAUGGACUAAAAAAAAGUGAAGAAAGACAAAAAUCUUUAACUUUUCCUGUAUUCAUUGAUUAAUCUUUUUGGUAUUUAUUCCUUUUUCUUUCUCUCUUCUGUUCGAAUAAACAACUUGCUGGGUUGCCUGUUGUAAAACCUUGGAAAAAAACUGGGGAAAACACGGGAAAACUAUUGUUUAUAUAAAAAUCAUGUUACGGUAAUUUCAUCCCUUCUCUUCGUAGCAGAGUAACGAUUACUAAAUUUUCAAACAUGCUAGGCGCUAAGAGGGGAAAAACGAACGAUUUCUCGACGAAACAAGUCGUGCGCAAUGCCAUGGACAUUAAAUUGGAUCUCGAGGAAACUUGCCCUCCUAAUAUCCAGCAAUGGAUAGAAGCUGUUUCUAGAAGCAGGAACACUGUACCAGAGUUGCUGCACUUAUGGGGCCUUCAUCUACCGUUAAAGUAAGGAGCACGUACUCUGAGCCUUUAAAUAUCUAUAGCGUAGUCUUAUCUCCGCCUGGGGCAGGCAAGUCCCAUGCGUUUGCGUUAAUURUGACCUCGCCAUUGGCAUCUUUGGACGAACCUCCACCUAAAAUCAUUGUCGGCGACCAUACUAGAUCAGGAUUAACCCGCCACCUCGUUAACAACGAUGGAAUCGCAGUCAWUGGUAGCGACGAGCUCAGUAGCUUCCUAGAUAGCCUUUCUAAGAAGAAAGAACCUUAUUAAAUAAACUGUAUGACCGUAGAGAGGAUAUGGGCUCAUACACAUAUGAGUACGGGAAUUGUUCUCUUGAGAUCAACGAGAAUCGUGUUUGCAUCGCUGGCUAUUCCCAGGACGAGGAAUUUGUCAAACAAGUUGCAAGUCUUUACGAACGAAAGUACGGGUUCCUCGAUCUUCGGUUAUUUGCAGUCCCAGAACCACAUCUUUUACCAACCCGAGAAGUCGACGAUUGGGCAAGGAAGUUUGCUACAUUCCCAAUCAGCRACUUCUCAGAAGGUAUGGCAGCUACACAUGCUCGACGAUUCAGUUAUAAAUGAGUACAGUCUAUCAGCGAAGGCUAAACAAGCAUACACGUUGUAUGCCGACGAGAUAAUACGUAAACUUAAUUGCCAGUUUGCUGCCAAAGACGAUCAAGAAUUAGAAGAAGUGUCCUCCAAAGAUGGAAGGACAGUUCUGAGAUUGGCUGGUGUUCUCCAUGUACUGUAUGGAGUACUACACAAGGCAUUAACCAAGGUGGAAUGGAGGCAGGACACUUCUCCUAUCGCUGCAGAAAUCUCCAUUUCCACAAUGAAGUACGCCAUCAAGGUGACGGACUACUUCAGGUCACAAAGAAAUGUGGAGGCAGCAAAAGGGUACCUACAGCCUCAAGCUUUAAAUGGUCCAUCCCUGAGGUCCAUAAUCCUGUCCCAUCCAGGUCCCUGCGUCACUGUAAGAAAUGUCACACGCGCAAUUCCAUGCAGCCAGAGGCCAUUAGGUAGUGACGUUUUGGAGGCAAUGCAGACCCUGGAAAAAGCCGAAGCUGGUGUUGUCUUGGAUGGUCCAAGACAAGUAAAGGUCUUCCUGAAAAGACGACGGAGCGACAUGGAAAGCGAAACGGUGGCUAGGGAGCUGUUUAAAACCACAAUAACAGCAGAUCUGUACGAACAUCAGUUCAACACCAGGGAUGACAAACUUUCUGAUUCUUUGCUCAGUAAGUUGUUAAGCUUAAACCCUAACUAUGAAGAGCUGAAAGAGUUUUUCUUCAKUGUAGUAAAUGGUAAACAAUAACUCUUGUUUUUUAUAGUUUUCAUACACUAAURAACAACAUAACUAAAUCAGAAGCAAGAGGAUCAACAAAUUGCUAAUGAAAAUAUCAACAAUUAGACAUUUAAAAAAGGAAUUUGUGAUUGCUUGGCCCUUUAUUUUGAAAAGUAUGGAAAUGGAAAUGUGUACAUAAAAUGAUUUUUGUCUUUCUGGUACAUAUAAGUUUCAAGAGAGCUACUGAAAACAUUUUUGUCUAAGACAUGCUUUUUUUUGAAAUUUGGUCAACAAGCACAGUAAUGUUUUCAGUUCUGCAAUCUCCAGUUCUCCACCACAAACUUUUUUAAAAUGGGUGUGUAUUAUAGUACAACUGAUAGACAAACAAAGAAAGAACUAUAAAACUAUAUUGUUGGUUCUGUGAUUUAAUAAUGCUGUGACAAUCCCUACUAUCAACACAAAAAUUAUAUACAGUUGUAAAAGCAAUUUGUAAAUACAUAAACAGUAUUUAUGUAGUAUUAUAAUGUUUUUAAAUCGGUAUCGCCCAACAUAUAGGAUAAAAAUGUGUUUAUUUCAUUGUAAACAAGUUGUCUUCCACAAAGCAGAAAUGGACAGUGUAAGAAUUUCUGGAUUUGUAAUAGCUGUUGACCAUAAGUUGGAGCAUACCAAAAUAGUUACAGUUGGAAAUAAAUAUUUCCAUAAUUCCAAAGCAAUAUAUUCGUAUAUUAUUUUGUAUAUUUCCCCAGUCAUCUGGCAGGUCAGCCAGAGCCUAUUACUUGACAUUCUAU